AUGGAAGUGCAAAAAAAAAGGGAAAAAAACACCUUCAAUGGGCAGAUGAACAAGACCAGGGCUCUCUGUCCCACGACCCAGGAGGCGAAGCAGCUGCAGGAAAAGAAAGAGGAAAUGGGGUCUCCACAAGAGCAGCCUGGCAUCCCAGAAGAUAAUAGCAGCCAAAGGCCACCCCACAAUAAUUCACUUGCAGAUGCUGCAAAGGGUCUGUGGGCCCCGUCUGGCGACAACAAAGAAGACCUGGAGCCCAGAGUGAAUGAGGCCAGUGUGAAAAAGAAUAUUCAGAGGACCCCCUUGUGCCUUGGCCCCCGUUCCCUCGUCUCCUGCGUCUGGAAGGUCUUCAAAAAAGCGCCACCAUCUGAACCCAGCACCAGCGGGGUGCAAGCAGAGAGGAGGCUGUUCGGCAUGCGGCUGAGGAUUCGCCAACACAGCAGCUGCGUGCAUCCAGAGGCACUUUGA